UCUGAGUUAAAAGCUAGUCUGGACUACAUAAUGAGACCUUGUCUUAAAACAAAGCAAUGAACAAAAGCUUUGUACUGAAGUUGAAAUACUCCAGGAUUGAAGACUUUUGAGGUUAAGGUGCAAGUGAAAGUGUAGGAAAACAUAUGCUUGAAGCUUGUAACAACAACCUGGAGAUGGCGGUCACUAUGUUUUUGGAUGGUGGAGGAAUUGCUGAGGAGCCCAGUACCAGUUCUGCAAGUGUCUCUACUGUCAGACCACACACAGAAGAAGAAGUUCGUGCCCCAAUUCCUCAAAAGCAAGAAAUAUUGGUGGAGCCAGAACCUUUGUUUGGUGCCCCUAAAAGACGAAGGCCUGCACGUUCAAUAUUUGAUGGUUUCCGAGAUUUUCAAACAGAAACUAUUAGGCAAGAACAGGAAUUAAGAAAUGGAGGAGCAAUAGAUAAGAAACUAACAACGCUUGCAGAUCUGUUCCGGCCCCCAAUCGACUUGAUGCACAAAGGCAGCUUUGAAACAGCCAAAGAGUGUGGCCAGAUGCAGAAUAAGUGGCUGAUGAUAAACAUUCAAAAUGUACAAGACUUUGCAUGCCAGUGCCUCAAUCGUGAUGUGUGGAGCAAUGAAGCUGUGAAGAAUAUUAUCCGUGAACAUUUCAUUUUCUGGCAGGUUUAUCACGACAGUGAGGAAGGCCAGAGAUACAUACAGUUUUAUAAACUAGGGGAUUUCCCCUAUGUUUCCAUCUUGGACCCACGGACAGGUCAGAAGCUUGUAGAGUGGCACCAAUUAGAUGUAUCUUCUUUCUUGGACCAAGUAACAGGGUUUCUGGGUGAACAUGGGCAACUGGAUGGACUUUCUAGCAGCCCUCCCAAAAAAUGUGCACGAUCAGAGAGCCUCAUAGAUGCCAGUGAAGACAGCCAGCUAGAAGCUGCCAUCAGAGCUUCCUUGCAGGAGACACAUUUCGACUCAGCCCAGGCAAAGCAGGAUAGCCGCUCAGAUGAAGAAUCUGAAUCGGAACUUUUUUCUGGCAGUGAGGAAUUCAUAUCGGUUUGUGGUUCUGAUGAAGAAGAAGAGGUAGAGAAUCUUGCUAAGUCCAGAAAGUCUCCUCAUAAAGAUCUGGGGCAUAGAAAAGAGGAGAACAGAAGGCCACUGAGUGAGCCUCCAGCCAGAACUGAGCCCGGCACAGCCACAAACCAUCAAGGAUUGCCAGCCAUGGAUCCUGAGGUCUUGGAGAUGUCACCCGAAAAGUCAGAUGGAAUGGUGGAGGGGAUAGAUGUAAAUGGACCAAAAGCACAGCUGAUGCUUCGGUACCCAGAUGGGAAAAGGGAGCAGAUCACUCUGCCAGAGCAAGCUAAACUGCUGGCUUUGGUGAAGCAUGUUCAAUCUAAAGGAUAUCCAAAUGAACGUUUUGAACUUCUUACCAACUUCCCUCGGAGGAAGCUGUCUCAUCUGGACUAUGACAUUACCUUACAAGAGGCAGGCCUCUGUCCUCAAGAGACUGUCUUUGUACAGGAAAGAAAUUAACACCAUGGCCUGACCUCUCUCAGCUUACCCCUUUUUCCCUUUUCCUGUGAGAUACCAUGUCACUAAGUAUGCAUUUUGGCUCAUAGGACUAUAAAGCCAAAGCUGGGCAAGCAA